GAGAAGGCGAGAUGGCGUCUCUCGCAAUUUGGCUGCAACGGCUCUGGGUCGUCGUUGUCGUGAGUCUAGCUGUCGACAAAUUGAAGGCAGGAGCUCAACAAACUUCGUGUCCGUUGACACAAAAUUUCGAGCAAGGUCUAGGCGACAUGCAGCAAGGCAAUACUCUCUUUCAAUGGAGGAGAAACCGGGGUAGCACACGAAGCAGUGGAACCGGUCCGACCUCGGAUUUCGAUCCAGGAAAUGGCUAUUACAUGUAUCUCGAAGCGACAGGAUCGAGUGGUCGGAUAGCUCGACUUGAGUCUCCGAUGUUUACGCCUUCGUUGUCGGGCGAGGCGUGUGAUAUUACGUUUGCCUAUCACAUGUAUGGAGCCAGAAUGGGUACGCUUAAUGUGAGCGCAGUCGAGAGCAAUAGCGGCGCGGAAACGGUCAUCUGGAGUAGGUCUGGUAAUCAGGGCAACAGGUGGUACCGGACGACUGUCGCUGUCCCGUCUUUGUCUGGCCAGUUCAAGUUUGUGUUUACUGGGAUGGUUGGUGUGUCGUAUACGUCUGAUAUGGCGAUAGAUACCAUCGAUUUUGGCAGUGGUUGCUGCAAACGUACAUACCAGUGCAAGCCUCACACGCUUGACUUCGAAUCAUCACUCGGAGACUACAGCAAUAUCGCAAUGCCACUUAAAUGGACCAUACAAACGGGACGCACGCCGAGCUUCAGCACAGGCCCGGACGGCGACAACAAAACAGGAAAUGGAUAUUACGCAUACCUUGAAGCCACUGGUGCCUCUCCCGGCGACAAAGCAUGGCUUGUCUCACCUCAAUUCCAGUCAUCCGGUUCCAACUGUUCCUGCCAAUUGACGUUUGCCUACAACAUGUACGGAUCGGCUCUCGGCACCCUGAACGUUUACCUUCAAGAUGCGACAAACGACUCGGAUGUCACCAGAUUGUGGAGUGUUAGUGGUAAUCAAGGCCGUCGGUGGUAUGAUGCGUCUCCAAUAUGUGUAAAUACAGUGAGAUCUUACCAGAUUGUGUUUGAGGCUGUGCGUGGAGGUGGUUUUCGAAGUGAUGUUGCUAUUGAUGACAUCAGAUUUGUGAAUUGUGAAUGUAUCGUUCCGCCUGCACCUCCUCCAGUGAAAUAUUCCGCUUCAUGUGACUUCGGUUCCCGUUCCGACUACCAAGGAACAUUUUGCGGCUACAAGCAGCCUAUAGAUGCCACCGUCCGCUGGCAAACCAAGAGCGGCCGGACCAUAAGUCCAAACACCGGUCCCAAGUCCGGCCAAGGAGGAACAGGUUGGUACGGAUUCGUCGAGAGCAACGGAAAUCGUGGAACUGCCGAGCUGAUUUCGCCGUGGUUGACUUACAACGCAACAUACAACUGUCGCAUGUACGCUUACUACUAUAUGUACGGCGUCGACGUUCAGAAUUUGACGUUCAGCGUGGAGAGACUGAGGGUGACGCCGGUAGGGUACGAGUCAUAUGGCCUGACAACGGUUGCGACGUAUACGGGAAAUUUGGGAGACAUUUGGCGCCGAGCGGUCUUGAAUGUUCGGUCAGCUGUCGGCGCGGGAGUGGACGAUCAGUUUAGAAUGCGAAUUGCGGCGGGAACGAAUGGUGAUGCAUACGGGGAUGUCGCUAUUGAUUCGAUCUCGUUUGGAGCUUGCCCGGGCACAGUUGCAUAUUGUGGACAGAAUCAGUUUCCUUGCCAAUUCUUUACCGGUUUUGCCUACUGUAUAAGCGACUUGAACGUCUGUGACGGUCGCACGUCGUGCGUCGGUUCGGUCGCCGACGAGGCCAACUGUCCGUCUUCGUGCGAUUUCGAGAGUGGCACGUGCACAUGGGCGAACGCCAGAUUCGACUCGUUCGAGUGGACGCUGCGCAGCGGCUCUACGCCGACCGCAUUUACCGGGCCGUCGAUUGACCAUACAACGGGAACUGCAAAUGGAAAGUAUCUCUACAUCGAGAGCAAUUCGCCUCGCCAACCACAAGACUUUGCGGAGCUGCUCAGUCCCGUUUUCGGACGCACCGGUGACAACUGCGUCAUGAACUUCUGGUAUCACAUGUAUGGCACGGACACGGGCACGCUCAAGGUCCUCAAGAAAACUCUCCUCGGAUAUCAGACGGUCUGGAGUCUCAGCGGAGAGCAGGGAAAUCAAUGGCAGCAGGCGAACGUCACGCUGGGACGCGUUCUGCGGACGGAGAUUGCGAUACGAGGCGUCGUCGGCCCGUCGCCUACCAGCGAUAUCGCCAUCGACGACAUCACGUUUACUGACUGUCAAGCAUCCAAUACGCCUAACUGUGCGAGCAACGAGUGGACAUGCGCAGAUGGUUCGUGCGUCGACGCCGGCGGUUUCUGUGACGGUCGAUGGGAUUGCCCGGAUCAAUCAGACGAAACAAGCUGCGGUACUGUCACGGGUAGCUGUGACUUCGAGAAAGAUUUCUGUGGGAUGACACAGUAUUCGUCCAACGACCAGAAGUUUGCACGACAUUAUGGCAAAACUAGAACGGUUGGAACCGGACCGAGUCACGACGCUACGGUCAACAUUACCGGUUGGUACAUCUAUUUGAACGCCAGUCUUAUUCGAAACGGAGGCAUUGCCAGCAUCGAGACGAUUACCAUUCAGCCGACGACGCAGACAAAUCUGAGCGAUUGUUACGUCACAUGGUGGGCUCAUCUCUACGGCGACGACAUCGGAAAUCUCACCGUGAGGCAGCGGUUCGUAGAACCGGCAGAUCCGUUGACGACGUUGAGUGUAAUAAGCGGAGACAAAGGCGACGAGUGGCGAUUUUACUCGGCGGGGCCCUUGGAAACCACAUCCGGUACUUACAGAAUUGUGUUUACGGCUCAGCACGCGUCUGGAAUUCGAGGCGACAUCUCGAUCGAUCGCAUAACGUUUACGCCCGGAUGUCACAACCGUGGCGCGUGCACUCAAGGCCAGUACGAGUGCAACAACGGCAAGUGCGUGUAUGACACGUGGGUCUGUGACGGCGACGACGAUUGCGGAGAUGGAUCCGAUGAGGUGGCAUGCACAACAGCUCCCCCUCCUGUCACCAGCCCGCCGCCGACCGUUCCCGGCACUUUUCCUGACGGUCUGUGCAACUUCGAGGAUGACUUAUGUCUGUGGUCCAACAUUCAGGUGUCUCAACGGUUGAACUCUAAUUGGACAUUGGGUUCCGGAUACAACGGAGGGACUGGAUUCUUUUCGACAACUGGUCCGAGUUUCGACACCAACCAAAUACCGGCUCCGGGUUUGUGUUCGACGUCGAACUUCGAUGAGGAUUUGGGUUAUUUCGUGCAGGACACCAGCGACGAUUUCAACUGGCAACGACGACGUUCGUCUACGCCGUCGACUCUUACGGGACCAGACGUCGAUUGCAAUACCGGUUCUUCGACAGGUUACUACGCUUACAUUGAGACUAGCGCGCCCAGAACUCUCGGCGACAAGGCGCGUUUGAUAUCGCGACCGCUGAAAGGGAAUGGAAGUUGCAGCAUGACGUUCUGCUACCACAUGUACGGAGUGGACGUCGCCGACAUGAAUGUAUAUAUCAAGGAGACGUCGCGGGCUGCAGUUCAACUGUGGAGGCAAAGCGGAAACACAGGAAAUCGUUGGAUCAACGCAACUGUUCCUGUGCCACCCGGAACCGUGACGGGCUCGUUCUCGUUUAUUUUUGAGGGUGUGACUGGAAACUCGUUUAGAGGCGACAUUGCCAUUGAUAAUGUUCAGUUCUCAAGUGGAUGCAACUGUUUAGGCACUUAUGCGUAUUUUCAGUCGAUUGGUAGUCCACGCAAUACCGUGGCGACCCUAGUGAGUCCGACCUAUCAACUGUCCGGCCCACUUUGUCAAAUUCAGUUCGCAUAUCACAUGUACGGCCAAUCAAUCGGCACACUCUUUCUCAGCCUCAACAGCGGCACGACCCAGACCACACUUGUACAGUACGAUCGCAACCAGGGCGACAAGUGGUUUGAAAGCACACAGUAUGUUGGUUCCAAAUCCAAUUUCAAUCUCCAGUUUACAUACUUGUACAAUCCUUCCUUUUUCUUUUUGAACGGAGGCAACGCGGCUCUGGACGAUAUCCGAUUUAUCGACUGUAAUCCGCGAGUGAAGGUCAACUCGUGCGCACGCACAAAGAGCAAUUGGCAGUGCGUGUUCACCGGCGAGUGCAUCGCAAUCGACAACGUUUGCGAUGGCAUCACCGACUGCACGGACGGUUCAGACGAGGAUUUGGUCUAUUGUUCGGCUCUUCCGGCGUAUUGUGACUUCGAGAGCGAUUUGUGUGCGUAUACGCAACGCAGGGACGACGACUUUGAUUGGCUGCGACAGUCGGGAGCUACAGGAUCGGUCUCGACAGGACCAACUAGUGAUCACAGUCUUGGGACAUCAAGAGGUUAUUACAUUUAUAUCGAGACGUCGAGUCCUCGCGUGCAGCUCGAAUACGCGGACUUGUCGAGUCCACUUAUGGCUCCGCCGCCUCGCGUCGGCAGCGGUCCUCUCUCGUGUUCGGUUCGCUUCUGUUAUCACAUGUACGGCAGUUCGAUCGGCUACCUGGCCGUCGAUUUCGAGAACGCCGAUGGACGGCGAGAGAUCUGGCGCGUGCACGGAAAUCAAGGCGACCGAUGGGUGUGCGACAAGGUGGCCUUGGAUCUUUACAUACAGAAUAUCAACUACCAGAUCAUCUGGAGAGGCCGAUUAGGCAAUUACUCUUCGUUCCUGUACCAAGGAGACAUCGCUUUGGAUGACAUUUCGUUUAGUCUUGGUUGUGGAGGAAUCGCUCCGACGCCUCCGCCGCCGCCUUUCUAUGGGAGCGAUUGUACGUUCGAGACGGGAUUUUGCGACUGGGUUAAUGAUUUGAAUGCCGACUGGCCUUGGACACGCACACGAGGAAAUACAGCAAGCACGGGAACGGGACCGGUGACGGGCGACCACACGUUUGGAAACUCGUCAGGAUAUUACGUCUACUUUGAGACAUCCUCUCCCAAGCAGCUCAACGACAGAGCCGUUCUUAAAUCGUCCUCCAUUACAUACGACGCCAAUCGCAACUGUCGGAUGACGUUCGCGUAUCACAUGAACGGAGCGACGAUUGGCAGUCUGAACCUCUACGUGAAGGCAGAAGGAAGCAACAAGACUCAAGUUUGGACAAGGUCUGGAUCGCAAGGCGAUCAGUGGCUCGUCAGUUAUGUCGACGUCGAGCAAUACUUGAACGGCGCUGCGACAUAUGUUGUCAUGUUUGAGGCUGUGAGAGGGUCAAGCUACACGGGAGAUAUCGCUCUCGAUGACAUAACGUUUGGACAAUGCGUGUUGCCUACAUCAACUGCUCCUGUCACCAUGUCAGUAACUCCGUCGGUGGUAGCGCUUACUCCGUCUCCUCUGAUGUUUACGUCUUCAAGUAUGGCGGCAUCUUCGUUCGCAACGGCUACCGUACAGACGUCUCAAGCAGCGGUUCCUUUUUCGUCUGGUUUAGUUGGUUUGACCUCGUCACCUGCAUUGAGUACAUCCACGGUCGCCCCAAGCGUUUCUCCAAUGUUUGCUUUAUUCGUGAGUAGCAUGUCGCCAUCACUUUUUUCUUCCAUUUUGUCUCCAGUCUCUGUUUUGGCGUCUGCGACUGUUUCUCUGCCGACGACAAGUACGCCUACCGUUCCUUCUCCGUCAUCGACAGCUAGCACUUGCUCUUCGUCUAUCAGUGUUCCGCAUCUGAUGGACUGCGACUUCGACAACGAUGAUUUGUGUUGGUGGGAGCGCGUCGGCGGUUUAGAUUCGAUAUUUCAGUUGAACAGUGGUGGCACCCUGAGCAGUGGUACGGGACCGUUCAAUGAUCAUACAACAGGAACGUUAGUAGGUAAGUACGUCUAUCUUGAGACGUCGUCGCCGAGCCAAUUGGGAGACAAAGCACAGCUGAGAUCGAGAGUUCUAGACCCGUCGUGUAGUCCAUGCAAAUUGAACUUCUGGUACAACAUGCGCGGUGCAACCAUCAACACACUGUCGGUCGCUCUACAGCCUGCGAACGGCGGCAGCAGUCAAACUAUGUGGUCUCUCUCAGGCAAUCAGGGUCGCGGCUGGAAGAACGAUAGUGUAGAUCUUGUCUCUUCAGUUCCCUAUCGAAUCGUCAUCGAGGCCGUUGCCGGCUCUGGCUUCACCGGAGAUAUCGCUGUCGACGACUUAUCUCUUACAAACUGUCCCUCUAUAUCUCCCCCGUCACCACCACCACCCUGUUCUGCUGAUUUGGCGCUUGGGGACUGCGAUUUCGAGCAGAACAGUUGUCGCUGCUGUUGCUGGCAGAACACGUUCACCGGCGACGUCAAUGACUGGAAACGAUCACGUGGCGCAACGCAGUCAUUCGGAACAGGACCCGGAUACGACCACACAUACGGCAAUACGUCGGGCCACUAUAUGUAUCUUGAAGCAAGCAAGGUGACGGCUGGAUUCUUGAGCACAGCUACGCUACUCAGCAAGAAACUCAACGGUGUGACUAACUCUAGUUUGUGCUCAUUGACCGUGUGGUACCACAUGUAUGGCAAAAGUGUCGGUACUCUUCGCAUCCGGAAACAGCCCGACGGCACGUUCUCGUUUCUCUACCCGACCCUCUUUGUCGUCAGCGGCAAUCAAGGCGACCGGUGGCGAAACGUCACCGUCGAUUUGUACACGUCGACGUACAGCGGCGUCCCGUUUUCGGUGUCCAUCGAAGCCAGCCGUGUGACUUCGUUUUCUAGUGACAUUGCAGUCGAUGACGUCACGUUUUCUUCCGGAUGCGGCCAGUUUUUUGUCGACAACAAAACUUGCGACAACUCAGCUGUCUGCACCCCCAUCAAUGCCACCGACUGGUGUUCUAACUCUGUUUCGGACGGUUCCGUGACGGGUGACUGUGAUUUCGAGUGCGGCUCAUGCUUUUGGAACAACACCGGAUGCGACCAGGAUGAUUGGAUUGUCCAGGAGGGAGGCACGCCUUCUUUUAACACCGGUCCAUCAACGGAUCACACAUACGGGACAACGGAAGGCCACUACAUGUAUUUUGAAUCGAGUCUGAGCGGGAAGACUCGAUUGCAGGGCGAGCUUGCUGUCUUGCAGAGUCCGAACAUUUUGGGCACAACCGACGGGUGUAGCAUGAAUUUCUUCUACCACAUGUAUGGAGUGGACGUGGGCUCGCUAGUCGUCUACAUGGUGUCAGAGACGAGCAUACUGAUGAUGAGAAAAAUUACCGGCAAUCAGGGAAAUCGGUGGAUCAACACUAGCGUGACCUUUACCAGUUUGUCUGACUUCCGUGUUCACAUUGUUGCUACAUACGGGGGUGGAUUUCGAGGCGACAUAGCAAUAGACGAUAUUUCGUUUUCCAACUGCAAGUUCAACAACAGGAGUGACAACUCGUAUUGCUCGAACGUUUUGACGGCGGGCUGUGCGGACGGCAGUAGAGAAGGUUUCUUCGACGCUCAGAACGUUGCCGGUUGUGUCGGCACGUGGAACGGUUUGCGGAGCCUUCGCGACCGGCCGACGACGUCGGGGUGUGGCAAUCGGUUUAAGGACGGACGGGCGGUCGCUUGCAAAUCUCCGGCCGAUAUCUGCGACACGAAGAACAGAUGGCACAUAUGCGGUGCCGGAAGGUCCGCACACGGAAACUCGUCCGAGAUUGCGGCAAGCAUAUCUGGUGAUGCUUGUGCUGUCGCUGGAUAUGGAAAGUUCAGUGCGGGCAUCAACUACUGUAGUCCAUCAUCUUGUGAUGUUCCACAGGGGGGUGACUACGGUUGCACUCACUUUGCCCUUCAGUGUAAUGAGCCUCUUUGCUGUGGAUUCGGUUGCUCGUUUAAUGCAAAUUGCUCGAGCGCUUUCUGGUUGCAGUCGACGAGAUACACAAGUCUGCCGGCGCUUAAUGGUUGCUCUCGUUUGAGUGCUGCAAGUUCUGGUGGAGUGAUGUGCUGCUAUGAUCCAAAUUACGUUCCGCCAACUUCUCCUCCAGGCUUAUGCAGUGCGUGCGAUUUCGAUGCGGAUGCUUGUGGAUUUGUGAACGAGGACACCGACAAUUUUGAUUGGUCCCGCGACUCUGGCGCCACGCCAUCUUUCUCCACGGGACCUUCUACCGAUCACACCACGGGAUCAACUCUAGGAUACUACAUGUACGUGGAAGUUACUCCUCUUUCUAUACAACCUGGAAGCGUCGCCGUUCUCCGAAGUCCCGAAUACAACGUUACAGCUCUUGGUUGCAGCGCGUGUUUGCUUGAGUUCUGGUAUCAUAUGUAUGGAACAUCAGUUGGAAGACUUCAGGUGUUUGUGGAGGAACCUACUGUGAGGUAUCCUGUUUGGGCUUUGUCGGGCAACCAAGGCAAUCAGUGGUUGAGAGCAAGAGUGCAACCACUCAACAUUACAAGCUCUACUUUUCACGUACUCUUCUUGGCUACAAAAGGCUCCUCUUUUAGGGGAGACAUCGCAAUUGACGACAUUAGUUUGAAAGACUGCGAACUAUCAACAACUGAAUCACCAACCACGAUGACGGCUACAUCUCUGCCCACCUGCGCACCAAACCAGUGGCUGUGCAGCAACAGUUCCCUAUGUAUUCCAAAGUCGCAACUCUGCGACGGACAGAACGACUGCGGAGACGGCUCGGACGAAACCAGGCCUUUUCCUUGUCAGACACUGUGCCAUCCAUACUAUUGCGUCAACAACGGUUCUUGUUUUAUACAGUCUGGCGUAGAAACGUGCCUGUGUAUGUAUCCAUACUCUGGCCCCCGAUGCGAGCAGACACAAGUGACGACUCCUAGUGUAACCUCUCAGCCUUUAACCAGUACAACGGCAACAACCUUGCAAACAAGUAAAGCGCCAUCAGUCUCAACAGCCAGUCCGACAUCCCAAUCAGCAAGCACGGCUAACAAAGCGACAACGGCAAAAACAACACAAGCACAAAUCGCCACCACAGCAAGCCCCUCGACUCAAACAACAACAAUUGGAAGUCAAUCGGUCAGCACCAGCUCUUCAAGUACUCAAUCUCUUGCCACCACAGCAAGCCCUUCAACUCAAACAACAACAACCGGAAGUCAAUCGGUUAGCACCACCUCUCCGAGUACUCAACCGCCUGCCACCACUCGAGAAACGACGGCAAUUGUUGAGACGGAGAUGUCGACUACAAGUGUUCCAGCAAGCACGGAGUCGGCCAAGACAACCGAGAGUAUACGUACUCCAAGUCAGGGAUCUGGGACCGUGUCUAGUGGCAGACCUAGAGCGACGUAUUCCGCGACUGUGAGCUCGAGUACGCAGAAGGUGACGACACCGGCUGAGACGACGACGCAGGGUGUUGAAACCGAGGCGGUCUCGCAGGGUUUCCUUGCUACAUCAGCAAGCAGCUCUGGAGCUACCGAGGGAGUGUCGUCGUCGACGGGAAAACCAACAGGCAGAGCGACGAAAGCCAAAACGGCAGCAAAACCAACUGCAAAAGCCACAACAAAAUCAACUUCAAAAGUUGCAGCAAAACCAACCACAAGUAGUGCAGUAGCGACAUCGACAAACGCUUCGAAAAAUACAACUGCGAAGACCUCACCGUCUCCUACUUCAGGCGAAUUCUCGUCAGAACAGUUGCGUCAGACUGUCGAUUUCGUGCUGAGCGUAUCGACUUCGUCGUUCGACAAGGAGCUCUUCGAGUCGUUCAUGUCGACCACUCUCAACGCGAAGGUUUUCGUCACGACUUUCACCGAGAAGUUGCCGAAGUCUAACGGACAAGCAGAGGUGACAAUCGUUCUCUUCAUGGAGGAUAAUUUAAGCAACUUGGUGCUGCAGUCGUCCGCUUUGGAACAAAUUGAACAACACAAGGAAGCAAUCAGCAGGCGAUAUGGCAGCUUCUCAGCGACAGCUCAUGGUCUUGAGGCUUCGUCUGACAGUGGAGGUCUCGGCGUAGGAGGCAUGGUUGGGAUAAUUGUUGGAGCCUUGGUGGUUGUGACUCUGGUUGUGAUCGGGCUCUUGUAUUGGAGAAGCAAGCGACACGGGCAAUAUGAAAUUGGCCGCCAUUGGUCGUGCCUAGCACGGGAGGGCAAGCAUUCAAGUGGGUGGUGCCAAGAGGAGAGUGCUCAACACCACAUUCUGUUUGCUGUCGUUAGCAUCAUGAAGUUUGUCCUUUUGAGCGUCGUAGCAGCAUCUCUCGUUGCGGGAGUGUCUGCUCAAGUCUGCCCUCCCAAUCCGCCCCUCCCCAAAGGUCCUCACUCGCUAGAUUGCAACUUCGACAACGACGACAUCUGUUUCUGGGAACAUGUAUCCGGUUUGCAAAUGACGUGGCUCUUGCAGAGCGGAAGCACGCCGAGCUUUGCUACCGGGCCCAGUAACGAUCACACGACAGGAACUUCAACAGGUAAAUACCUCUUCAUUGAAACGUCGUCUCCAAACCUUGCCGGCUUCAAGGCUCAAAUCCGAACGCGCGACGUUCUCGAUCCCUCAUGCUCGUCGUGCAAUCUCACCUUUUGGUACCACAUGUAUGGAGCCACGAUUAAAGACUUGAGAGUCUUUCUUGAGCCGACCAACGGCAUGGCAGCUAAGGUAGUGUGGAGUGAGACAGGAGAUCAAGGCAACCAGUGGAAUUUCGCUACCGUUCCACUUCAGAGCUCGGUAUCUUACAGAAUCAUAUUCGAAGGAGAGAGGGGAAGCAGUUACAAUGGAGACAUCGCUAUCGACGAUAUCAAAUUCGAAUACUGUCCGAAGCCUCCCACUCCGACUCCACCUCCACCCUGUUCACCAAAGCUCGGCCCGGGCGACUGCGAUUUCGAGCAGGAUUCGUGUCGCUGCUGCUGCUGGCGAAACACGUUUCAAGGCGAUUACAACGACUGGCACCGGACCAGAGGUACAACGCAAUCACACAUUACGGGCCCUCAGUCCGACCACACUUACGGCAACAACUCGGGUCAUUACAUGUAUAUUGAGGUGAGUAAGUCAAAGCGCGGAUGGCAAAGUUUGGCUAAGUUGGAAAGCAGGAAGCUAAAAGGAAUAGACAAGGCGAACCGAUGCAUGCUAACUGUUUGGUACCACAUGAGCGGUAGAGACAUCGGCAAACUGCAAAUCAAGAAACUGCUCGACGGACAGUCUUGGUGGUAUAACCAGCCGGUUCUCUUUACUCGAUCCGGUCAUCAGAGCGACACCUGGCUGAACGUGACCGUCGAUCUCUACACCAGCAACGACGAAAACACGGAGUCCGUCGUCUCCAUCGAAGCCGACAACAUCUACGGACCGUUUGGAGACAUGGCCGUCGACGACAUCACCUUCUCGCCUGGCUGCACAUCCUACUUUGCUGACACCGAUGAUUGCGACAACUCUGCCGUUUGCACUGCAAUCAACGCAACCGAUUGGUGCGAUCCGUCGUACUCUAGCGGUAAGGUGGUGGGCGACUGCGACUUCGAGUGCGGCGUCUGCUACUGGAACGAUUCGACGUGUGCGGACGCGGCUUGGGUAAUGAACGAAGGCGGCACCGAGUCUUGGGGAACUGGCCCCGGAAUUGAUCACACGUAUGGCACCACUAAUGAGGGUCAUUAUAUGUACUUUGAAGCGGGUGGUUGGUGGUCUGCUGGUUCUCGCAAGAAAGGAUACAAUUCGAUUCUAGAAAGUCCUAAUGUCGUAGGCUCGUCUCAGCCGUGCACUAUGACACUGUGGUACCACAUGCUCGGCCAAAAUAUCGGCAAAUUAAAGGUCUACAUGAAAUCUACGGACGUCUUUCAAAAAAUGAUGGAAGUAUCCGGUCCGCAAGGGGACAAAUGGAUCCAGGCAAACGUUACGUUUCUCAGUCGGACGGAUUAUCGAAUCCAUAUUGUUGCCACUUAUAAAGACGGCUACCAGGGCGAUAUCGCUAUUGACGAUAUUUCAUUUAGGGGUCCGGGUUGUGCGUUUAAUAAGAAACAGGGCAACAGCUACUGCAACAACGCUCUUAAAAGCGGUUGCGCCGACAAGAGUAGAGAGGGCUUCUUUAACGAACCAAACGUGGCCGGCUGUCAAGGCGAGUGGGACGGACUCAAGAGUCUGCGCGACGUCCCGACGGGCAAGUGCGGCAACAAAUUUCCCGACGGUCGCACCGUGAAGUGCCGCGAACCCGCCGACCUUUGCGACGUCGACAACGGAUGGCGCAUAUGCGGCUCCAACGGCAACCCAGCGGACAUCAGAAACUACAUUGGCGGCAAGGCAUGUAGCCAAGCCGCUUACGGUCGCUUCAGCGCGGGAAUCAAUCACUGCCGUCGAGGCGGCUGCGACACGGCGUCACCUAAAGACUACGGAUGCACUCACUUCGACACCCAAUGCAACGAACCGCUUUGCUGCGGAUUAGAAUGCGAUAAAGACACAAAAUGUCCGAGCUCGUUUUUUCCUCAGUCGACGUACUACUCGCCCGUCACUGAGUUCAAGGGUUGCUCUCGGUUGUCGGCCGACGACGCUGGCGGGGUUAUGUGCUGCUAUUGUCCGGACUGUCCGACCAAGCCGCCUCUCGAGCAGUUCUGCGACUGCAGUUUUGAUGACGGCGACUGCAAUUUUGUCGAUGAAACGGACGAUAACUACGACUGGCAGCGCAAUUCCGGAGGGACGCCGUCGUGGUCGACGGGACCGGACAAUGACCACACGACCGAUUCAAAUCUCGGUUACUAUAUGUAUGCGGCUGCUGGUCAUUCUUUGAGUGAAGGCAGCGUUGCCAUUCUGCGUAGUCCUGAGUACAAAGUUAGUGACCUCAAAUGUGGCUACUGUCGCUUGGAGUUUUGGUAUCACAUGAAGGGCAGUAACGUUGGAAGUUUAGAGGUUUUUAUCGAAGGCACGUAUUCGUCUCAGGCUCAGGUCCGUAGAGCCGCUUGGAAGAAGUCGGGCGAUCAGGGAGGCGAAUGGAAACAGGCGGUCAUAGCACCGCUCGACAUCAAACACUCAACAUUCCACAUCCUGUUCUUAGCCACGCGCGGCAAUGGCUACCAAGGAGACAUCGCAAUCGAUGACAUCAGUUUCGGAGAAUGCGAUUACACGACGAGCCCUCCCGCAACGACUCCGCCACCCAAGUGCGGCGACGGCGAGUAUCAGUGCGUCGCCGACUACAGGUGUAUCCCAUGGGACAAGCUGUGCGACGAGAGGCCAGACUGUUCCGACGGAUCAGACGAAAUCAACGAAAAAUACAAUCCCUGCGACGUCACGUUUUGUGACCCAUACUAUUGUGUCAACGAUGGUCGUUGCUUUAUCGACACCGGCGAGAACAAGUGCCUGUGUCCACAUCCGUACUACGGAAAGCGAUGUGAGAAAACCUACUUCGCUCCCAAGCCUACCGUCAAGCUUCCUCCAACUGAAAAGAAAACUCCGCGUCCUCCGGCUUGCGAUCCGGACGCCGAGAACAGCAAGUGCUCGUGCCAGGACGAUAGCCUAAUGCGCGAGAGCGGAUACUGUGUGAUAUGCGUGCAGACGGAAGAGAAUGGCGACGUGUGCGUGUGCGACAGCCAGGGCUACUGCUAUCCAACAAUCGAAUUCGUGCGAAAUAAAGAUGUCGAGGUGUUUGGCACGGCUGCCGUUCAGCCGGGCAACCAAGAACAGGGUGGAUCGAGCGGCGGCAGCAGUAGCGAUGAUUCCAAGUACAUCGCAAUCGGUAUCACCAUCGCCGUCGUCGGUCUUGUUAUCAUCACGAUCGUCGUGUUCUUCAUCAUGAGACAGAAGUACCAGACAAAGGAAACUGUGCACACAAUGAGGCGCGGCGGCGACAGUGAUUCAGCGUUCGGUAACGUAGGGUACACCGCAAACGAUGGAGGAAAAGUCGACCUGCCGUUCGCUGACAGUGGUGUGGGAAAUCCUCUCUACAAUCAGCCGUAUGCAAACCUUUGAGGUCGACUGAAAGAUCAACGUAUGUACUGAAGUGCUAUCUGUAUUCUGUGGACCUUUGGCUAGGUAUUGAUGUUUCACUGGCAUGAUGUUUGACUGCCAUGAAUUAUUAUGUUAUCCUUGAACUCGUUUUAGUAGUGUAUUGUCUCUAUUUUGUGUAUUUGUAUUUCAAAAGUUAGAGCUAAGUUUUUGUAAUUGAAAGUCACUGGAUGUAGUUA